UCCCUCACUUUCUAUAAACAAAAGGGGUUUAGAAAGACGAAAAACCCUAGCACUCUUUUUGGCAAAAUUUCCCCUUGCUUUCUCUCAUUUUCUCUCGUUUUUUCCUUCCUUCUCCCAAAUGACGCAAUAACCAACGCCAAAAAUGAUUCCCAGAUCUUGGUCCCGCUUUCUCUUCCUCCAUUCCCUCAGAAAACCUAAAAAACCCCAAAUUCCUCAACUUUCCCGGCAAGUCUUAGCUUUUCCUCCCACUACCCAAACAUCCCCAUUCUCCUAUUCCUCGACCACCUUCUUCUCCACCUCCUCUGCUGCCUACAACCGUGUCGCCCAGGACCUCUUGGCCGAUCUAGAGCGCGAGAAACAGCGCGAAAGAGAGGCAAGGAAGCGAGCUGGACUAGACACCAAGGACAUUGAUCAAGAGGAUGAAGAGGAUUACUUGGGCGUGGGGCCAUUGAUAGAGAAGCUAGAGCGGAAUAUGAAAGCCCAUACUGGGGAUCUAUAUCUUCGCGAAGAGCCAUCCGAUUCGGAUAGCGAUGAGGAUGAUGAGAGGUUUGGGAGAGAAGCAUUGACAAAAGGGUUUGAAGUGUUCGAGAAGAAGCAUGAACGUCAUAAGGAGUUGCUCAAGAAUUUUGUAGAUUCUGAGACACUUGAGGAUGCUUUCAAAUGGAUGAGUAAAAUUGACAAGUUUGAGCAAAAACAUUUUCAUCUCCGACCUGAAUACAUGGUCAUUGGUGAGUUGAUGAAUCGUUUAAAAAUAGCAGAAGGCAAGGAUAAAUUUAUUCUUCAACAGAAAUUAAACAGGGCCAUGAGGCUGGUAGAGUGGAAGGAAGCUUAUGAUCCCAACAAUCCUGCCAAUUAUGGAGUUGUUCAGCAUGCGCAAGUUGGCCCUAAUAUUGAUUUCUUGGACAAUGUUGGGUUUGCAAAAGAAAAGCAAAUGAUACAAGGUGGGUCUGAUGAGGAUGAGGAGGAGUUUGAUGACAUGAAGGAACGGGAUGACAUACUAUUAGAGAAGCUCAAUGCUAUUGACCAAAAACUCGAAGAGAAGUUAGCUGAGUUAGAUCAUACCUUUGGAAAGAAGGGGAAGGUUCUUGAGGAGGAAAUCAGAGACCUUGCAGAGGAGAGAAAUUCUUUGACAGAAAAGAAAAGAAGACCAAUGUAUAGGAAAGGUUUUGAUGUGAAAUUGAUAGAUGUGAAUCGAACUUGUAAAGUUACAAAGGGUGGACAAGUAGUCAAGUACACUGCUAUCUUAGCUUGUGGAAACUAUCAUGGUGUUGUUGGUUUUGCUAAAGCCAAAGGCCCAGCAGUCUCUAUAGCUCUUCAGAAGGCAUAUGAGAAAUGCUUUCAGAAUCUCCACUAUGUAGAACGGCACGAGGAGCACACAAUUGCCCAUGCAAUACAAACAGAAUAUAAGAAAACCAAGGUGUAUCUUUGGCCAGCCUCAACUAGAACAGGUAUGAAAGCCGGAAGAAUUGUUCAAACUGUUUUGAAUUUAGCUGGUUUCAAAAAUGUCAAAUCGAAGGUUGUUGGCUCGAGGAAUCCUCAUAACACUGUUAAGGCUCUUUUUAAAGCUUUAAAUGCUAUUGAAACUCCAAAAGAUGUUCAAGAGAAAUUUGGCAGGACAGUUGUUGAGAAGUACUUGGUGUGAUCGCACCAUUUUUGUUGGAUUUGAGGUACUGCAGAGAGAAAUGGAAUUUUGUUGUUUUCGGGUCACUUAUCCUUGAACAUGGUAGGCAUAUCUGCCACCAUCAUUACUACUGACUCAAAUUUUUUGCUUCUCUCAAUCUCCUCAAGAAAGAACUGCUUUAGUCAUAAACUAGUGAGGUGUCUGAGCGACGCUCCAUGUGAAGUAUAGAAUAAUUAUGAUUGAUAAUAAUUUUUUUUUGUUUCUAUAUCUGUAUUAAUACAUUAAAACAGAAUGAAUUUGGGCAGUACUUUCAAUAGUAAUUUGUCUGUUUUGUCCCUUAA